CGGAGACGCUGGGCGGCUGAGAAACGCCUCAUUGUGUUGUUUGACCCGGAGUUGGCUCACCUCAUCACCGGCUUUGCCUCAGCGUGAGCUCGCUCUCCUGGUGGAUUUAUUUGCAUGAAUCUCGCCGUGCUUGCUGGGAAAGGAUCCUCUUACCGGCUCGGUCGCGGCUUGAUUUGGGGGAAAUAAUAAGUGGAGCGGCUGUGGAUUAAUGUGAACCGGGCUUCGUCUUCGGGGCUGAACGGACCUAGUCUUAACGGAGUCUUUGGAGAUGCGCCGACAGACAGAUUUCUAAACAAACGGGGAUAAUCGGGAGUGAAACAGCCUUCCCUCGCUCUGUAACUGGUUCUGCUCUGAAGCUGCUUGUGCUUGACAGUCCCAUGUUUAAGAACAACUGAGGGGGUCCACCCCCGCCUCCUGCCUUGUUGUUCACAUCACUGUCACGCCACCUGUGUGACACAGCACACUUUCACACUCGGAUGUUCGCGAUGACCCACUGACACCACCCGCCUCCACCUUCCUUCAUUCUCAAGGUCCCCUAUGAAAAUGGCCCUGACCGGGUGGCUGUGGCUAUGGCGGCUGCCGUUGUUGCUGACAUUGCCAAUGCUUCGUUCGUGUUUUCUGUCUGUGUCAGCCUCGACCACAUCCUUCCCCAAAGACCUGGAACCCCUCCAUUCUGUCAGCUUGGAGCAAUCGGACAAAUAUCCAGGCUUUCAGGGUCUGCUACAGGACAACGACACCUUACGCCUGGGUCUGGACUUCCAGAGAAUGUUGCGGAUCAAUCACAUCCUUUACAUUGCUGCAAGGGAUCAUGUGUUUGCUGUGAACCUCACGACGGCAUCAGAGCAGUUUGUUCCACAGCUGAAGCUGACGUGGAAAUCCAAAGAUGUCAGCAAGUGUACAGUCAGGGGAAAGAACAGCGACGAGUGCUAUAACUAUGUCAAAGUUCUGGUGCCUCGAAAUGAUGAGACUCUGUUCGCUUGUGGUACAAAUGCCUUCAACCCAACCUGCCGCAACUACAAGAUGACCUCCUUGGAGCAGGUUGGGGAAGAAGUGGUCGGUCAGGCUCGCUGUCCGUUUGAGUCCAUUCAGUCCAACGUUGGACUGUUUGCUGGGGGAGAUUUCUACUCGGCCACCAUGACAGACUUUCUAGCAAGCGAUGCCGUCAUCUACAGAAGCCUGGGCGAGGGCCGGCCAGUACUCAGGACCGUCAAAUACGACUCCAAAUGGCUCCGAGAGCCUCAUUUCCUGCAUGCCAUCGACUAUGGUAACUAUGUCUACUUUUUCCUGAGCGAGAUCGCGGUGGAAUACACAGCCCUGGGCAAGGUUGUGUUUUCUCGAGUUGCGCGUGUCUGCAAGAAUGAUAACGGAGGAUCACCCAGAGUUCUGGAAAGAUACUGGACUUCCUUCCUGAAGGCACGGCUGAACUGUUCAGUUCCCGGAGACUCCUUCUUCUACUUUGACGUUCUUCAGUCUCUCACCAAUGUGCUGCAGAUCAACCAGAGGCCGGCUGUCGUUGGGGUGUUCACCACUCAGUCCAACAGUAUCCCGGGCUCAGCAGUUUGUGCCUUCUAUAUGGACGACAUCGAGAAAGUCUUUAACGGGAAGUUCAAAGAGCAGCGAACAAGCGACUCUUCCUGGACUCCAGUGCCAGACGAGCAGGUUCCCAGACCAAGGCCUGGCACUUGUGCAGGCGAUGGUCCAGCUUCGGACUACAAAUCUUCGGUUCAAUUCCCAGAUGAGAUGCUGACCUUCAUCAAGUCAUAUCCUCUGAUGGACGAGGCGGUACCCUCUGUCAACGACCGGCCCUGCUUCACACGAACGUCAAGCAGGUCCAAGCUGACCCAGAUUGUGGUUGAUGUUUCAGCCGGUCCCCUUAAGGACAGAACAGUGAUGUUCCUGGGCUCAGACGAUGGCCGUGUGCUGAAGGUUCUGGCUAGCACACAUCCCAAUGACAGCUUUGGAUCUAAACUCCUGGAGGACAUUGACGUCUAUAACCCCUCCAAGUGCAACGUUCAAGGUCAGGAGGACAGGAGGGUCCUGGGACUGGAGUUGGAUAAGGACCACCAUGCAUUGUUUGUUGCCUUUACCAGCUGUGUUAUCCGAGUACCACUCAGCCGCUGCACCGAACACGGAGCAUGUAAAAAGGCCUGUCUGGCCUCCCGUGAUCCUUACUGCAUCUGGCUUCGUACCGGGACCUGUGCCAACAUGGCACCAGGCUUCAAGGCUGGGUUCGAACAGGACAUAGAGGGCGACCACUCGCUUUACCCCGAUAACUGCCACGCUGAUGUGCUGGCAACAACACGAAACCAGGAGUCAGCCGCUGACUCUGCCUAUGGCGUCCGUCGUCCGCCUGAACUGGACCAGCGUGCCAGCGCCAACGUCCACUACACCCUGCUGAUCGCCUGCGUGUUUGUGGCAUUCUUUCUGGGGGCCAUCCUGUCGGGUUUCCUGGUGUCGUGUUACUGCAGCCGAAGCGCAGCUCACCGAGCGAGAAGGCUGGGGAAGGACCCCGAAGCAUCACUGCCGCACGCCCUGUCGCUGCGCUCGCUCGCCAAGCUGAACGGGCUGCUGGACGGGCAGCCGAAGGAUGACAAACUGGACGUGUCGACGCCGAAAAUGUACAGCUCCUUCAUCCCCAACGGGCGGGCCGAACCCCACCUUCACACCCCUGGAACUCAGGGCCUGCAGCUGGGAGACCCUGACCUCAAUCUCUCACAGUCUCUUUCGCAGGGUGAUGGCGAACUCUCCGGCCUGCCGACGCCUGACUCCACCCCAGAGCUGCCCUUCAGAAACAUGAAGGCGCUGCGGCACCAUCAGUUCGAGAAGAACCAGAACUGCAACAACGCCAAGGAUAACAACCCCAAGUCAGGGCCCAGCUGCUCCAAAUCCAGUCAGGGCUUCAUGGCUGUUGUCGGCAAUUCUUUGAGUCAGCAAGUGUUUCCCUUUUCUCAUCACAAUGGUGGCAGCUUGAGCAACGGGGCGGCCCAUGGAGCGGGCGCCUCAUCCACUUCGCUGCACCUCCUUGAGGAGAGAAAAAUCCCAAAUGACGAGCGAGCGGCGGCCACGGCAGGAGGAGGGGGCGGCGUUCCACAUCACCACCACUCCCAGCAGUCCCUCCCCCAGACAGUGGUGGAUGUGUCGGCGCUGGAUGAGCUGCUCAAACACAUCCAUGAGGUUAGCGCGUCAGGAACCGGUGGAAUCAAGGUCCUCACGUCGACCUCCUCGUCCUCGCUGUUCCCCGGACCGUCCUCCUCUGGAGGAGUGCACCAUAAUGGCCAUCACACGCACCAUCAUCACACUCAACACAGCCAGACACGAACACACCACUACAACCACAGCCAUCACCACAGCAACCAUCACAACAACAACAGCAGCAGCAGCAGCAGCCACCAUCACCAGCAGCAGAUCCCGGAGACAGAACCGACUUCCUAUUACAGCACCUCCACACUGCCGAGGGACGGCGUCCCCAAACGCCUGGAUCCACCGCCUCAAAACUCCACCUCAUCCUCUGCCACGUCCUCGUCUUCAUCCUCCUCUUCAAACAACCCCACCUCCUCCACCUCCAUCCCUUCUUCGUCCUCCUCCUCUGCCUCCACGCCGCUCCAACAGCAGGUGAUCCCGGAGCGGCCCGGAGGGGGCGGGGUCCCGGUGACGCGCCACCAGUCUCAGCGCCACUCCCUCAUCAAGAUGGGCGCAGCCGGUGGCGCUGUUCCCCGCCAUCACAGCUUCAACCAACGGGGGACGCACGCGCACUUUCUGGCCAGGAUGAACACUAACAACAACAGCAGCAGCAACCGCCACCCGGGUUCAACUUCGGCGGCUAAUGCAAACACCAGCAGCAGCAACAACGAGGGCCAGCGGGCGUCCGUCGCCAGCGCCUGUCUGACGCGGCAGCACAGUUACAGCGAAGGGCCACACGCGCAGCGCGCGGCAGUCGUCCGGAGAACGGUGUCCCUAAAGCCGCAGAUCCCACCAAAACCGCUUUUUCUGCCAAAUACAGCUACGUCUGCAGUGACAGAGGUGCAGAAAUACAGCUACUGAGACUGCAGGUGGACACGGCGCCACCAGGACAUGGCUGCAAUACCCCCCCACAGAGGAAAACACUGAAGCAGCGGCCGGGGCCGUGCAAAGGGACAACAUAAGCACCGAUGGCCCAAAAAGACAAGCGAGACUUCAGUCCUCGUGAUUCCUUAUCACAGCCUUUCAGUUGUACUUAUUGUCAUGCUGCUGACGGAAGGCCAUUUGUUGCCUCUCUGAGGCACAACUGAGACAAACCUGUUUCUUUGCAGGGCAGGAUUCCUUGUGGAGACUUUCUCUUCACAGCAAAUGUGGAUCAAAACCAGUUCAGACGGGAAAUCGUCUGAGAAGCAUUCCAGAAGCAGGGCGAAAGGUGUUAAUGAUUCAAAAGGAGUUCCCAAGGCCCAAGGUGGCCUGGAAAAAAUCCUGAUUAAUGCAGUUUUCUUAUGAUAGCUUUGAUCUAAUGUCCCCAGUCACUGCACCUUGGAACGGGGCCUGGAUUUCAAUUGCAAAUAUUUAAAGAGCAGGGAAUUGGACAAAUGCAGACUUGAGAUGAACUGAGUAUGGGACCGCUGGAUUGCUUUGAGUCCAGCGACGGCAUAGCUUUCCACAGAACCACGUCAAAAAAAAGUCAGGAAAAAAAAGGCAGAUCCGUUUUAUCUGACUCUUGAGGAAUGAAAUUUCAAGAAAAGGUCACUUUCUGAAAAAAAAAGAAGAGUCCAUUUGUUCAAAGCCAAGACUUGAAAACUGUUUUUGCUGACAAAAACAGAGGAAAAGAGUUAUGAGAUCACACUGAAGUGUUAUAACCGAGCAGUCAGAGAUCCAGAUUAGCGUAUUUACCCCCGUAUUAACACAGACCCAGAUAAAUGCUGCUUUCUUUGAUAUCUGAAAAAAUAAAUAUCGAGGCCAAGUAGAUGAUCAAGGGAAGAUUUCUGAUAAAAUCCAUUGCUGCAAAUGGCUAAUUAAUGCUUUCAGUAAACGUAACACUCAUCGUUUUGAUCAUUUGUGAGUUAAAAUUACUUAAUUGGCUCAAAUUAAUCUUUUAAAUUAUUAUAUUUCUUUCUAAUGCAUCUUUUUUACUCUUGAACAGCAUUACGUCUGCAGCAUUUGGAGGAUAUAUUUUAAUUUCAUGUCAAAGAUUCUGUAGUCAGUUUAAAGUGCCGGCUGCUAGAUUCAGGCUUUUCCAGUUUAUCAGUCAUGGUUUCUCAUCACAAGCUGAUUACAGACGGAUCUUCACCCAAACAACGACCCACGUACCUCCAAAGCAUCGGUUUCCAAAGUGUUUAAGUCUGCUUGCCAGCAUUUGCAAUUUAGUUCUGAAAUAUAUUUGAGAAUGGGAAUAUAAUCAGUUGUUCACACGUUUGCUCAUCUAGAGGCAAGUAUACUCAAAUCUAAUAUAUGGAAAAUAUAAACACCUGACUGUGAUGCUGGAGAUUGUUCUUUAAGGUUGUUUCGAUUUCUUUAUUUUCGGGGGAAAUAAAAGUCUGCACCAUAUGAUGUUGCCUUUCUGGAGCUCAAAAUGACCUGCAUGACAACUUGUAUACAUUUAACUCAAAACUAUUUGUUCACAUGUAAGAUCAGUGUUUUCUCAAAUAAAUUCUGAUAUCGGAUAA